CCUAGAUAAGCAUAUACAUUUUAAGCAGCUAGUAUGUUAAUUGUAUAAUCAGAGAAGGGCUAACAUUUCUAUGCGCUUCCUUUGUGGCUACGAUUUUCAGCUGCAGUGUCCACAGAGAAUAUCACCAAGUUUACUGAUUCAGCGAUAAUUGUAAGAUGAGCCUUUCCGAGAUCCUGCUCUUCGUUUUCUAGAGAGUUGUUGACCCUGAGGCAACUCUUGUUUACGACCAUUUUAUAGGGUGACGGCGAGGGGCUAGACUUGGGUUAGCAACAGCGAAAGGGAAUAGCUGUAGCAGGGAACAGUCAAGCAAACAAAAACUUCCAAGGGCUCUAGCGAAACGUGUUGAGUGGUUUCAGUAAUAUACCACCAGCAUUGGUUGAGUGGUUGUUGGAAGUUCAAGUAGUAUUAAUUCAAGUCUCGUAAUCCUAUUCAUUAAAAAAUUCAUCAUGGAUAAAAUUUUAUGGUUUGCUGUUGCUGUUCUUUCCAUUUCUGAAGUGUUAUCCUUGCAGUGCUACGUUUGUAAUACGUUCAAAAGUGGAGAUGAUUGCGCUUCGGCGGACAGACUAAAAAGUUCUCCACAGCUUCUUCAAAAUUGUUCUGAGCUACCAGAUGGAGAUCGGUAUACUUAUUGCCGUAAAAUGGUACAUCAGAUUCCUGAUAACAAAGGAAAAGUAGAGAACCGUAUUGUUCGAGAGUGCGGAUAUCUUAACACUACAAUAAACACAUGCCGAAACAUUGGAAUGCAUAAAGAUGCUGGGCAGAUUAUGUGUUCCUGUGACGCGGAUGAAUGCAAUAGCAGUUCUCAGUUGCAAUCUCAGAAAAGUUACGUGUAUGCCCUUACGUUUAUCAUGAUUUCAUUUUUUUAUAAAUUAUUGCUAUAGCCUAAACCUAAUAUAUGUAGAAUUAACUUUUUCAAUAUUAUGAUAUCUCGAUUUUCACGGAACUUUAGGCUUCUGGCCUUAAAAAUGAAUAAAUUCCUUCUAUAAACAAA